CCUCCGGUGGGCCGGCCGGACACCACGGGCACUGUAAGCCCUGGAGUGGCCGCAGAGGCCGUGGACAGCGAGCGGGCAUGAGCGCGUCCCUGAGCCGGGCGGCGGCGACUCUGCUGCGCUGGGGGCGCAGCGCUGGUGGCGGUGGCCUGCCCGGAGCCGGCGUGCGGGCGGCGAGCUCGGGCGGCCAGGCGGAGCAGCUGGACGCGCUGGUGAAGAAGGACAAGGUGGUGGUGUUCCUCAAGGGGACGCCCGAGCAGCCCCAGUGCGGCUUCAGCAACGCCGUGGUGCAGAUCCUGCGGCUGCACGGUGUCCGGGACUAUGCGGCCUACAACGUGCUGGACGACCCGGAGCUGAGGCAAGGUAUUAAAGACUACUCCAACUGGCCAACCAUCCCGCAAGUGUACCUCAACGGCGAGUUUGUGGGGGGCUGUGACAUCCUUCUGCAGAUGCAUCAGAAUGGGGACCUAGUGGAAGAACUGAAAAAGCUGGGUAUCCGCUCUGCCCUGGUAGAUGAGAAGGACCAAGACUCCAAGUGAGGGCCCCGGGUCCUCGCCGAGCAGAGCGCCCUCUCCAUCCUGGGGGCCAGAAAAGCCUUACUGCGUGGUGGUGCCCUGUUGCUGUGAUGCUUGCGCUGGGCCUCCUGGCAGCAAGCGGGCGGGUGCUUUCACUUUAGUCUCUGGCUCAGAAUAUCCUCUGGUGAACGUACAACCACUGCACUGUAAAUCAGUGUCGCGAUCCUGUAUUGCUAUAACCCUGAUCUGUUCUUACGUUGUCUUUAUUCUCUGCCGGCCGGCUUUGGGAGUCACUUCUGAUUCUUGUUUGGGUUGUAGAGAUGGUAAAGCCCCCUGAUGUUUUUGUAACUUCCUGUAAAAGGGAAAUGAUGGACAGAGGAGAAAAUGUGGUGGCUAGAGUUGUUUUUUAAAAAUAAAUUGCCAACACAGA